CCGUCUCGAGUAUCAUCCAGACCCAGAUUCGACCCUGACCUUAAUUCCUGCUUCUAAGUAACCCUCUCAUAGCGGUCGUGUUAUACGUUGUGAAUUUCUGCGAAGUACAGUGUCAAAGACUGCUUUGCGCCGCCCCUCCUACUCCUCCCCACGACGGGACGAUAUAUCCUCCGAGAACGCGAACGUGCCUGCUGCAUUGCCAUGCUAGGGAGCUGCUGGACUUUCUCCCUCCACUGCCGGUACCUCCCUCGAUAGACACAGCUCCUGCUCCUCUUUGCGACGCCGCCUCGAAAGCCAAGGGACAUUUCUCCAACUCUUGAGGCUGACCCUCGCGCCGCAUACAUGGCAACCAAGCAACUUCAGUCUGCGCAGUCUGCGCCGACUCCUACGAGACCAAAAAGCACAAAUGGAGUUAUCAAUGGGACGAAAGCGGGCGUGGGCGACACCCGGAUAGUGGUGAUCAUCUAUGGACAAGGACAAGAGAAGAUUGUGUCUGUGUUUGCAGAUGUGUUAGGGAAGCCAUAUCGUCUGGCUUCAAGUUUCACCGAAGUAGGAAGUGAGGACCACGGAACGGUCAUUGGAAUUCAGGCAAGCGAUGCGAAGACGAAUAUUAAAUCGAGGAACAAGGUCCUUAUGGUGGCCAUCAACGCACAUUGUGUGAACUUGGGAAUGCCACCAGAUGUCGACUUGUCGUCAGCCUCUGACUACGAGUUCUUAUAUACAGAGCAACCAUUUUUCCGGAGAGAUCUUUCGCGGUUCAUCGCAUUUACAUUGGGGCAGAUCAGUCACCAUGAGGCUCUGAUCACCAAACCAAGAACAUAUUUCAUUUCUACCACGUUUCCAGAUGUACGGACAGCACUAUCAAAUUUGGAUAUUUUAUCUGUUGGUUCGGAUGCUGUGGAAAUAAGAGUUGAUCUCCUGAAGGAGACAUUACCGGACGGGUCAUUUAGUUCUGUGCCAAGCUUGAGCUAUGUUGGAGAGCAAGUCAUGUUAUUACGGCAAAGGACUGAGUUACCCAUCAUUUUUACCACACGUUGUACACGUGAGAAUGGUCGCUUCCCCAUGGACAACCCAGAUCUCUACUACCAGUACCUCUACCGAGCAAUACAAUGGGGAUGUGAGUACAUCGAUGUCGAGGUAUGGUUACCAGAAGACAUUCGACGGCGGCUCUGGGAGCAGAAAGGAAACAGUCGCAUCAUUUCUGCCUUCCAUGAUUUUUCCGGCACUUUCAAGUGGCCUUCACCUCAGGCUCAGUCCAUCUUUGCCGAGUCUCGCAAGUAUGGAGAUAUCGUUAAGAUGAUUACCAUCAUCAAUUCCAUGUCCGAGAAUUACGAACUGGAAUAUUUCCGUUCACAAAUUAAAGCAAAUAAUCCUGAUGGUCCUCCUUUAUCAGCUGUCAAUAUGGGCCAGCUUGGUCAACUUUCCCGAGCUCUCAACACAGUCUUCAGUCCCAUCACUCAUCCACUUCUCCCCAUCGUCGCAGCACCCGGUCAAAUGUCCGCAGCAGAGAUCAACGGCGCUCUCUCAACCAUGGGCCAACUCCCCAAGAAGAACAUCUACGCCAUCGGCUCCUUCCGCUCCACGCCCCAAGCAACCUUCUUCGAGAAAUGUUUCAACGAACUCGGCCUCCCCCACAACUUCCAAUCCCUCGACCGCGGUGUCCGCGGCUCCGUCGAAGCCUUCAUCCUGCAACCCAACUUCGGCGGCGCCUACAUCAACCCGCCGCUCAACGCCGCCACACAGUCCUACAUCCCGCUCCUCUCGGACGCCGCCCGCACCAUCGGCGCCGUCGACACCAUCGUCGUCCGCGGCGACUCCUUCGUCGGCGACAACGCGACCUGGAAAGGCAUCCGCGCGACGCUCACCCGCGACUUCGCGCCCUCCGCCUACGCGAAUCGCGCGGCUAUCAUCCUCAGCUCCUCGGGCGAGGACGCCGCGUCCGCCAUCUUCGCGCUGCGCUCCCUGAACAUCGGCACCAUCUACACGGUGGGCUUCAAAUCGCCCGCCUUCGCCGCGGGCGUCGAGCCGUUUACAUCCAUCGAGAGCGUGCAGCGCGUCGAUCAGCCGUUUGCCAUCAUCUCUGCCCUCCCACCCGAGAAGUCCCACCUGGUGCAGCCGCUGCUGCGGCAUUUCAGCAGGGAUGGAGGCAAGGGGAAGGUCUUUGUGGAUUUGGCGAAUGGGCCAAGGAAGGGGGAUCCCCUGGCGGUGGCGGAGCAGAGUGGGUGGAUGGCGUAUGGGACGGCGGAUACGAGUGCGUUUACGACGGUGGAGACGUUGCGGUUGUUGGUGGGGCAGAAUGUGCCGUAUAGUUUUGUUAGGUUGGCGAGUGGGAGGGGGUUGUAUUAGGGAGGGAGGCUUCUUCUUGUUAUUUUGGGGUUUGGCUGGAAAGAGGUGAGGGGAAGCGGGGCAGGGAGGAGGAAAGAGAGGGCUUAACCGCAUGGUGAUGGCGUUUGGUGUGGUGUUUGUUUGUCUGUUUGUGUUCGAGGGGUCCAUUUAAUUUUUUGGAUGGCUAGUAGUA